AUGGCCAAGAUCGGCACGCAAAGAGUAAAGACUGGCUGCACAACCUGCAAGAUCCGCCGGAUCAAAUGCGACGAGGCGCGCCCAUCCUGCGCGCGAUGCAUCUCCACCGGCCGCAAGUGCGACGGCUACGUCCUCCCACCAACAACAACAUACUCCUGGGCGCAGCUCCUGCGGUCAUGCCCCUUGCAGAACACAUCCUCGAUCCGGGCCGCGCAGCCGAGCAAAGCGAGCAGAGUUCACGCCGAGCGAGCAAUGGACUAUUACCGCAAAGUCACCGCGCCGCAGUUUUCCGGCUCUCUCAACUCGUACUUCUGGUCCAACGUCGUGGUCCAAAUGUCGGACCAGGAGCCCGUUGCCAGCCACGCUGUGCUGGCCCUCAGCUCCAUCUACGAGACGUUCCGCCAGGGAUCCCACGAGGCGAGUUCCUUUGCCGUGUGGCAUUACAACGAGGCGAUCAAGCUCCUGCGCACGACGACGGACCGCGCCCUAAUUCUCUUUGUCUGCAUUCUCUUCAUCUGCAUAGAGCUGCUCCGCCGGAACCCAAAGGACGCCAUCGCCCACUGCCGGCACGGAAUCAAUAUUCUAAACGAGAUUCACAACGAGUCCGACUUUUUGCGAAACCACAUCACGCCCGUCAUACGUCAGCUGAGCGUUGCGCCCUAUCACUAUGGGGUUAACCCCGCGACGUUCCCGACGGUGCGCAAGCCUUUGCCGACAGCAACCCAACGGCUGCAGAAUGUGGCGGAGGCUCACGCUCGGCUUUUGACGAUACACGUCCGCCUAGCUCGAUAUGUAGAAUCCGUCAACGAACGACGUCUCGAGACGGGGCAGGAGGGGCCGGAGCCUGGCGCGAGGUGGACUGGCCAGUUCAUACAGGUUGACCUGGAUGCGUGGUAUAAGGCGUAUAGGGAACUGAAAAAGGAGGAGAGGUAUACUAGUAGAGAGGAGGAGAUGAUGCGACUGCUUGACAUCCGGUACCUCGUGACGAAGAUUACGCUUUUGACGUCGUACAAUUCAGGCCAGGGGGAGUGCGCAAAUGACGAACACAUUGACAAAUUCCGCGCAAUCGUCGUCCUCGCUUCACAAGCGGAAGACUCGUCAGAAUCGUCGCCCAAAUCCACCUCGUCGUCCACCUCCUCGUCAAAAUCCUCAGCGGGCUGGGCCACUGACAGCGCUCUCGAGCUGGGAUAUAGCUCGCUCCUAUUCGUGGUCGCCGCAAAGUGCCGUCGUCUGAAGCUGCGGCUUGAGGCGCUGAGGCUGAUGAAGAAGCUUAUGGUGCCGUCGAGGAAUAUCUGGGAGAAGGCGCUGACGUGGAGGAUAGCGCAGCGGGUGAUUGAACUUGAGCAUGAAAUCACCCUCGACGACGAGACUGACUUGGACGCCUUAGUCAGUGCCGAUGAAGGCGAGUUCGUCCCGGAGGAGAGACGCGUAAUCAAUAUUGAGUUCCGAUGGCCUCCAGACACUACGAUCCCCCCGCGGAGAAGUGUGAUGUUUUUUACGAGAGAUGGGGUCACUGGUGAAACUAAGGCAAGGGAAGAAUUUCUGAUAGCACAAUAA